AUGGAUCUGGAGCUCGAUACCAUCAUGGACGCCGACUUCGAUUUUGACGUGGACUUCGACGCGAUCAUGCGCUCCGAUAGUCCUAUCAAGCAAAAUCAGCCGUCACUCGUGUCGCCCACUUCACAGGUAGAGGUGCCGAUGAAAGAAUCGUCGACAAUUAUUGGCCAGCUCGAGGACGCCUGGGAACGGCUAUUUGCUUUGCACCCGAGAUUAGCGCCACACAACCACACGAAACAUCGCGCUGACCGUCAUUCACACGAGCGCCUACCCCUGGAUCUAUUGGUCUUUCUGGAUGAGGUGGUUCAUCAAACCAUCUCAGCCGUAUUGUCAUGCGAAGUCUGCAGCACAUCGCCUCGUGUGCGGCUCAUCCUGUAUCUCCAAAUCGACUGGCUUGUGGAAGUGUUGAGGGAGACGUUGGAGACAGACCUUCCGCGAUUCUUAUCAUCGCAUAAGGGGCUUGAUCUCGUCAAAGAAACACGUUCGGGUGAAUCUUCUGUGGGUACCAAUAUCCUAGGCCAUCAUGUAGUCCCUGCAUCGAAGAACAGAUCAGAAAGACAGAAUGCUGAAGAUGAUGGCGCAGACAACAGUUGGAAGCAUGAGUCAAACCUCCUUCGCCUCGGGUCCUUCUGUCUGGAAGGGGAGCUGUGGCAGAUAUGCAUUCGCGAACUCUUCAAGACCCGACUGAAUCGACUAUCCCGCGUGGUGGAACGUAUGGCUGGACACAAAAACCAAAAUGUUUUCCAUGCUGGGAUAGACAGCAUAGAGAGCAACUCGUUGGAAAGGGUCUUGGUAAACAUGACAACGGAUGUUUAUUCAAAGAUUGAAUCUCUGUUUGGCAUGAUUGAGCUCUGCGAAGCCUGA